UCCAACGUUUAUUUACAUUUCUUGGGAUGCAGAUUUGUUGUGUUAUUUAUUAAUUUUUAUGGAACAUUGAGUCAUUUAAGAAAAUGACGGAUAAAAAAAAUAUACCAUUUCGAUGUAUAGUGUGUGGGAAGCCUGCACUAAAACUAUAUCAUGAGUUUGACAACAAGAAAAUCAUAAAAAUAGAACACUGUAGUGAAUGUGAUGAAGUUGUAGAUAAAUACAUAGAAUAUGAUCCAGUUAUUAUAUAUUUAGAUGCCAUGUUACUAAAGAUACCAGCCUACAGACAUAUUCUCAUCAAUCAGAAACAACCAGUAUUGAGUAUAAUAAAGCUAACAAUUGGUCUUCUUUUUUGUGAUGCCUUUACUAAGCUCAUGCUACAGGAAUCAGAAUUUUCUAAUGAAAAAUUAAAACCAGAUCGUGUCUUCUAUGCAGCGUUCGAACUAAACCUGUACUGGAAUUAUUUUUUAGCUAUGAUACAAUGGUUUAUUCAUAUAAGUGUUGUAAUAUUUUUAAUGAGAUUUUCUGAGAGAAAGAAAGAAUCCAAUUCUUCCAGAAAGACAUUGUUAAUAAGAUCUAUAAUUAUAUCUAAUUGUGGGAAGAUAUUAGUUAUACCAGCUAUAUUAUGGGGACAGACAUAUGGUAUAAUUUAUCUACGAUUAAGUCAACUCUUUGUUUUGCUAUCAAAUAUACAGGCUUUAAGAGUUGCAACAAAUCUAGAGUUUGGAUUAAUUCAACUGUUAUUCAUUGUUGGAUUAGGGACAUUGUGUCAUAAUAUGGUUUUAUUGGUGUUGCCUGAAAGUAUUAAUUAAUAUGUUUUAUACAUGUAUAUAUUUAAUUUAUAGUUUUAUAAAGUUUAUAUUUUAA